AUGUUCAGCGGAUUCGGAAGCGGUUCCAACCGCAGUAGAGCACCUGCACCAGAGGCAUCGGACUCAGCCUCGAACACGCUCCCGCAGCCCAAGACCAGCAGUGGAAGCAACAGUGGACCUGGCAACGGCUACUCGUUCGACCCGUCCGGUCUGGAACGGGCCGCCAAAGCCGCUCGAGAACUUGAGAACUCUCGUCACGCCAAGGACGCGUUCAAUUUGGCCAAAGAGACGGAGCGGACCAAGCAGAUUGAGAGUCAGGCGAAGAUCAAGGAGAACGAGGCUCUGUACAAACAGUACGAGAUCGUGCGGGUGCAGAAAGAGGGCGAAGAGCGCCGCAAAACGCUCGAAGAAGAGACGCGUCAGCACCAACAGCGUGCGCAGUAUCAGGACCAGCUCAAGCGCAAGCAGUAUGCAGACCAAUUGGCCGCGCAGAAGUACAUGAAGGAGCAGGAGCUCAAGAAGCAGGAGGAGAUCCUGGCUCGUCAGGAAGCUUCACGUCGCAAAACGCUCGACUAUGAAGCUGAACUGCGUCAGAGGACAGAGAUGGCCAAAGUGGCGGCGGAGACAGAAGGACGUAUCAAGCAGGAGCGUCUUAACCAUGAUCUGCAUCUGGAAGAGGCCCGUGUGCGUGCGAAGGAGUACCGUGAGACGGUCAUGGAAGGGAUCAAGCUGGCGGGCAAUACUAUCGGCUCUGGUGUCAUGUCCUUUGUCGAUGACAAGGAGAAACUCACUGCCACGGUUGUCUCUUUGACAGCUCUUGCUGCUGGAAUUUACACGGCCAAGGUCUCAACUCGUGUUGCAGGCAAGUACGUUGAGGCGCGUAUGGGAAAGCCGUCGCUAGUGCGUGAAACUUCGCGCCGCUCGGCUGCACAGGUGUUGGCGAAUCCUAUCCCGUCCAUUAAGCGUGCGCUGCGUCUACAGAAGCCGACGGAUGCAUUGGAAGGCGUCGUGCUUGAGCCCAAGCUGGACGAGCGUCUUCGCAGCGUUGCUGUGUCCACGUUCAACACGAAGAAGAACCGUGCGCCGUUCCGUCACUUGCUGUUGCACGGCCCGCCGGGUACGGGUAAGACGCUGUUUGCCAAAGCGUUGGCGCGUCACUCUGGUCUGGAGUAUGCUAUUCUCACGGGUGGUGAUGUUGCCCCGCUGGGCCGCGAAGGCGUGACGGAGAUCCACAAGCUGUUUGACUGGGCAUCGCACAGCCGUCGUGGGUUGCUGCUGUUCGUUGACGAAGCUGAUGCGUUUCUCCAGAAACGUAGCAAUACUGUCAUGAGUGAAGACAUGCGUAAUGCGCUGAACGCCUUCCUGUACCGCACAGGUGAGGCAAGCGACAAGUUUAUGGUUGUCUUUGCAAGCAACCAGCCAGAGCAGUUUGACUGGGCCAUCAAUGAUCGCAUUGAUGAGAUGGUGGAGUUCCGUUUGCCUGGCUUUGAUGAGCGUGUGCGCAUACUGAAGCAGUACUUCGAAGACUAUAUCCGUGCUCCCAAGAACUCGCGUGCUAAGAAGAUUUAUGUGGAGGAAAUUGAAGAUUCGGACUUUGAGGACUUGGCCGCCCGUACAAAGGGUUUCUCAGGUCGUGAGCUGUCGAAGCUUGUGAUUGCCUUCCAGGCUGCUGCAUACAGCUCGCCGACGUCGGCGUUUGACAAGGAGAUGAUGCUGCAGGUUCUUGAACACCACCUCACGGCGCACACGAAAAAGGAGGCGUGGAAGGAAUACGCGGCCCCGAAUGCUAAACGUGACGACAUCAAGACGAUCUUGGUGGACUAA